CUAUUUACAAGCGUACAUAUUUUUAAAAAUACAUGGCGUUAAGAAAACAACAAUGGAUGCUUUUACGAGGAUUUCUCGUGGCGACUUUAUUUCUCACAUCUCUGGCCUUUGGAAAUAGUCCUGUCGAAAGGAGUCAAUCGUUGUCAUUGGUGACAAUGCUGCCGCUGCUUGAUUUGGAGUGGAAGCUGAUCGAAAACCUCAAUAACUAUACCAAAGCACUAGAGCUAAAGCUGCAUAUUGUGCGCAGUCAUAUCGACGUGAUGCGUGCUGAAAAUGAGAAAGGCAGACUGGAUCCCAUAGCCUAUCUGUCCAAUCCUCUAAAUGGCUUCUCACUCAUCCGACGAUUGUAUCAGGAUUGGAGUAAGUGGCGCAAAUACAUGGAGCAACCAGUAGGCAUCCUUCAGAUCCAAAAUUUGGACAACUUGCUGGUUGAGUUACCCUCGAAACUGGACUUGUGGGAUGCUUGCGCAGGAAUAAUCCGCAUUCAGAGCACUUAUAAUUUGGGAAUAGGUGAUUUUAUCAGCGGUAAACUCGAUGGAAAACAAUAUAAUGUCAGCAUGAGUUCUGCAGAUAUUUUUGCAGUGGGUCAGCAUUUUGUAGAGGAAAAAAGUUCAUGGGAAGCUAUUCAAUGGCUGCAAGAAGUGCCCCGACACCUUAAAAAUGAACUUUUACCACAGCACCUGGCGAUUGGCGAGGUGGAGGUCCUGAAAUUACUGGCUGAAAUGCACGUGAAUCAAAAAAAUUAUGUCGAAGCCCUUUCUCUGCUGGAUAAUUGCUUGAAGCUCAAGCCCCACGAUGCUGCUCUUCUGCGGCUCAGGCUUAAAACAUUAUGUUUUAUAGAGAGACAACAAACUCCUGUUCUCAAUGAAAACAAACCGCUUAAAACUCCAUUCGUAGAAGAAUAUAAGUUGAGCUGUAGGGGAAUAUCCGAGAGACCAAGUAGACUGCACUGUUUCUACAACUUUACCACCACACCAUUCCUUCGUCUGGCACCACUAAAAACGGAGCAGAUCGGAUUGGAUCCAUAUAUAGUGCUUUAUCACGAAGUCCUUUCCAAACGAGAAAUGUCAUUGCUGAUAAGUCGUGCCUCUCGCAAAAUGAAAGUGGCCACAAUCUAUAAAAGUAAUACGAAAAAUAAAAAAAAAAAAGGGAGGACUGCCAAGGGCCAUUGGUUUAAUAAGGAAAACAACGAGCUAACCAGACGCAUUAGUAGAAGGAUUCACGACAUGACUGGAUUUGAUUUGACCGAUUCGGAAGAAUUUCAGGUUAUUAACUAUGGCAUUGGUGGACACUUUCACACGCACUCGGAUUACUUUAACUUUGCCUCAGCUAAUUUUACGGGACAUCGUAAUCGCCAGGCUACUGUAUUGGGUGAUCGCAUUGCCACAGUGCUUUUCUAUUUGACUGACGUUGAGCAGGGUGGCGCCACGGUCUUCGAGAAAACAGGAUAUGCCGUAUAUCCGCGUGCUGGAACAGCCAUAUUUUGGUUCAACUUGAAUACGAAUGGGUACGGUGAUCCCCGCACUCGACAUGCCGCCUGCCCAGUGAUUGUGGGAUCCAAAUGGGUGAUGACCGAGUGGAUACGCGAAUGGCGGCAAAUGUUUAUCAGACCCUGUUUGCCCCGCGCCACGGGAACCUCUUCGAAGCUGAACAGAACGAAAUCAUAGACAAACAAAUUUCCGGCAUAAUCACUCUGCACACUUAACAAAAACCCACCCAGCUCAGCUUAAAUGCCUUUUUAAAAUGCCAACACGAAAAAAAUAAAGUGCUGAGUGGUUGAUAGUCCCUGAUAGUCCGGGGGUGCAAGGAUAAGGAGCGGCAUCUGCUGCUCCAGGACCAAGGUAAAACCAAAGACCACCGCAGCCGCAUUUUAGCAUACUCCUAGGCGGACUCCUUCCCCGAUUCCUCGAUGGCGUCUAGUGUCUGACACCGCGUACGUGAUGUGCAACUUAAUGUUUCAAUUAGAGGUGAAGUGGCGCCCGAGCAGGGGCUAUCGUUAUCGCUUCACUGCACU